GUCCGAGAGAACAGAUAGAGAGAGAGUGAGUGAGACAGAGAGAAGAGAUUUGAAAUGUGGAAGAAAGAAGGGAUGACUCAAUUGCACAAGAAAUUGUACAAAGUGACCAAGAGGAUUCAACAAGGGAUGACCCCUUUGUAUUCUGUUGCUUUUAACUUCAUUGAUGACCGUUUCUACGAUUACUUCGUCUCCGCUGGUGGAAAUGGGAUUAAUAUGUGCAUUUGUCUUGACGAUGGUGACAUAUUUCCAUUGCACUCCUACACUGAUGAAGAUGAGGAGUCAUUUUACACUGCAAGCUGGGCGUGUGACGUUGAAAGAAACCCAUUUGUUGUGGCUGGAGGAUUUAACGGCAGAAUCCGAGUCAUUAACGUCAAUGAUAAAAUAGUUCAUAAGACUCUUGUGGGCCAUGAAGGUCCAGUGAAUGAAAUUAGGACACAUCCUAUGAAACCUCAACUUGUGAUUUCUGCUAGCAAGGAUGGAUCUGUUCGAUUGUGGAAUAUUGAAACUGGGAUUUGUAUUCUGAUAUUUGCUGGAACUGGAGGUCAUCGAUCCGAAGUUCUAAGUGUGGAUUUUCAUGCCUCUGAUAUGAGCCGUUUUGUUAGUUGUGAUAUGGAAGCCACUACUAAGAUAUGGUCAUUGACAGAGUCUUGGAAGUAUGUUGAAAUGUCAUUCACAUGGAAGGAUGAUCCAAAAACAUUCCCAACACAAGUUGUACAAUUCCCUGUAUUUACAGCUUCAGAUCGUUCAAAUUUACUAAACUGUAACCGUUGGUAUGGUUAUAACAUUCUUUCAAAGGGUGACGCGUGUGACAUCAGGUUGUGGCAACCACAACUUAAAGAGAAUUCUCCUGGAGAGGGUGAUUUUUAUGUUAGACUUGUAUACGCUAUUCCAGAUAGUUAUCACCGGAUUAUUAAGUUUUCUUGCGACCUCUCUAUGAAAUUUGUUUCAGUAGGGAAUGAUAAAGGCGACAUUUAUGUCUGGGAUUUAAAGAGUUUCCCUCCUGUUUUGGUUACAGUGUUAUCACACUAUAAAUCAAAGUCUCUGAUCAGGCAAACCGCUAUGUCCACUGAUGGAACCACAAUUCUUGCUACCUCCGAGGACGGGACCUUAUGGCGUUGGGACGUGGAGAGGCCCUAGAAGAAGAUGUGCGGGCUGCUUUUUAGAAGUACAUAAGGAAUAAGGAAUAAUGAUACGAGACAGGUCAGACGAUCUUGGAAAGCAGCCAGCUGGUACUGUGAGUAUUUAAGUAGUCUAUAAGCAAGAGUAUAGGGGAGAGAUAUCAAUGAUUUGAUUAAGUGGUUGUAAAGAGAGAAGAGUCUCUCGUGUGUAAGGCUUUCUUUGUAAUCCUUGUUUUGAAUCAAUAAUAGAAAAAUAAUCUUCUCUUAAA